GUCUCCUUCUGUGAAGCAGAACGUACUUGUGCGUCGUAUGAUGGCACGUAUUCGGCAAUACUUGAAAGGAUGUUGUACGCAUGUCACAAUCGUCUUCGCGGACCGCUCACUCAUACACCCAGCACCCAUGAAGCACUUUCCUGAACCUAAUGAAACCUAAUGAGAGUAGUAGUGACGAGGAGCUCCUGGUGGCACCUCCUUUCACGACGAUAGGGCUGUCCAUACCAUCGAUAUCGUGGCUGAUCAAGCAGCUGGAGUCAGAUGGCGAUAGACCUGGUAUGACAGGCGAAAAACAAGAUUCGCCGCGCGAAAAGCCUCAGGACACCGGAGAUGCCCUGAGCCAGGCUAGUCCCCGUUCGGAAGCCCAUUUCUCCACAGCUUCUCGAGGAUCCAAACUACAAACCGCCCAGUUAGUGCCAACAGCCGUCCAUCCGCAGGCAUGCCCUGAUUGAUGCCUUGCCGGCGUAAGACUAAGUUUUGUGGCAGCACCCUAACUCCCA